AUGGAUCCAUCCUCAAAAGAUGCCCAGAUUGACUCUGAUAUAAAGGAGACACAUCCAAAUGAGUCGGAGUCCGUGGUGGACGUCAAACCAGCGGAACUGCAAGCGAAGCGCGCGGAGAAAGCGUCCUCCGGUGCAGGCACAGAGUACCCCGGAGCGCAGAGGAAACUUUCGGACGCCAGCAAUGCCUCGGAAGACCUGAGCAAGGACUCCGGCUGCCUGUCUGGAAAACUCUCCUCCUCAGACAGCAGCUCGGAAAUAUCCGACUGCGCCUCGGAGGGCAACAAGCGCGACUCACCGAGCAGCGAUAACGAGUUAAGCUGGAUAGAAGGCAGAGCUUAUGUGAGACCGGACAGCGAGGGGACAGGCGCGGGCAAUCCGUGCGCAAAAGCUGCGACAGAUACCUGCGCGCUCCAACCUGAUGCGGCAGGGGUCAUUCUGCAGAACUCUGCAGGGGAGUUUAUGGAUUUCAUGAUGGGGGGGACAACUGAUGAUCUUGCCAGAGAACUGGAGGACAUGAGGUCAGAGAACGAGUAUUUGAAAGAUGAAGUGGAGGAGCUUCGUUGUGAGAUGCUGGAAAUGCGCGACAUGUUCCAGGAGGAGGAAGUGUACCAGCUGCAGGAGCUGCAGCUGCAGCUGGAGCAGGCCAACAAGACGUGCCGCAUCCUCCAGUACCGCCUCCGCAAGGCUGAGCGCCGCAGCAUCCGAGUGGCACAGACUGGACAGGUGGACGGGGAGCUGGUCCGGAGCCUGGAGCAUGACAUCAAGGUUGCAAAAAGUGUGUCCCUCCACCUGUACAACGAGCUGGAGGCGGUGCAGAAGAGGAAUUCUCAUCUGGAGUGGGAAAAUGAAGCGUUGCGGGAGAAGACACAGCAGCUGGAAGUGGCCAAGCAGGUCUUACAGACUGAGGUGGAGAAAACCAGAGAGAGCUCUUUAAAGAAGAGAAGCGUGAGAUCAGCAACCAGUAAGGGAGAGAAGAGGCUUUCUCAGCACAUAGAGGAUGACAGUGCUGAUCUCAAGUGUCAGCUCCACUUUGCCAAAGAGGAAUUAGCUCUCAUGUGCAAGAAGCUUGCCAAGUUGGUUUCUGAUAGCGAGGCGAUGCGUGAGGAGCUGGCCAAAUACCAGGCCGCGUACGGCGACAUAGACGGUGCCCAAUUGCUGGAAGGCAAACAAAACUCUGCCUAUUCCAGGGAGACAGAGGUCAAAGUUCACCUGAAACUGGUGGAAGAGGAAGCUACGCUUCUGAGCCGGCGCAUCGUCGAGCUGGAAAUGGAGAAUCGCGGGCUGCGAGCUGAAAUGAACGAUCUCAGAGAGAAAGUAGGAGGAGGGGAAGAGGAAGAUGUUUUGGAGGAAAAUUUGACAGUGACUAAGGAAAUGAAGGAUGGGGAGAAGAGUUUGAAAAUGGGACCAACAGUAUACCUGCAGGGUAGGAGCGAGGAGGCUAGAGAAGGUGAUGCUGAGAGAUCGUUGUCCUGCACCCAAUCACAAACUGGCGGGAUGAUUAAAGCAUGUGACAUAACUCGAGAAGGUCCUGUAGGUGGUGAGUGGGACCCUUCAGACAAUCAUGAAAGUGAUAACAACAAAAAACUUGACCAAGGACUGAAAGGGCUGACUGUCAAAGACUAUGAAACUCUUCUUGCCCUCAGAGAUCAUUCCUGCAUUUUGACUUCAGCCAUUCAGCUCCUGGCGACAGCACCCAGAAAUGGCCACGGCUCACCUUCCUCGUGUGCAUUCACCUCUCCAACAGACCUGAGCUCCAACGGGAAAACACAGGGAUCUAUAUGUGAGGCUUUGGAGCUUCUGCAUGCCAUGCUGCUGGCCUUCAUUGGAAGGAUAGAGUCUCUACUAAGAGGAGAAGAUGACUGCAAAAAUACAGUUUACAAUGAGAGAUGUGCUUGGGAUUCCUACAUUUCCUCCUUUCUCUGUGCAAAUCACAAAAAUAUCAAGGAGUCAAAGAUUAAACAGGAGCGAAUUGAAGAGCUCUGCGCCACAGAGGUGAAACAGAAAGCCAAACAAGUGAGGCAAGGUGAUGCUACAAACAGCAGCAGGGAUCCCAAAAUGCAACUGCCUCUGCAGAUUCUCUGGGUCCUCCAUCAGUGGUGUAAAGUUACAGGCCCUGACAUGGAGGGAAAAGAGGGUAGAGAUAAAACCAUAACUGUUCUGCUGGGUCUAUUGCAAGAUCUCAGUGCAGAGCUACGAGAUGACAACGAGGUCCCGGCCGCUCGCCAUGAGGCAGCUGAGCAUGCUGUCAGUGCCGUUCUUCAGGAUGGACAACACUGUGAAACUCUCAGAAUCUGCAGCACAAAAGAAAACAGACUGAGGCGUUUGUUUUCUCCACACGGCCCCAGAAGGAAGAACUGGUGCUAUCUGAGUCAGGAGGCUGCCCAGCUGGACCGAGAGGACCCCAUUAAGACAUGGGACCAUCUAAUCAUGCCGCUCAGCUUCCCUGAUCUUGAUUUUGAGCAGAUGUCUGUGCAGAGAAGCCAUACAGCACCAGAAAAGUCGACCUUCCGCAUCUACUACAGCCCCCCAUCAGCCCGGAGGGUCCAGCUGGCUCAGCUGAGGCACAGCCCUGUCGCAGACGGGGAGUCUGUCGACACCUCCUCCCCUUGGUGCACGCCACCAACUUCCUUCUCUCAACUUUGUCUGGGCUCCUCUGCCAACCUGAGCGACGACAUGAAGGAGAUGACGGCCAGCUGGAGGCACACGGUUCACAUCAGCUCACAGGAGAAGAGAGGAAGAUUAGCAGGUCGCUGGGUGGACGUGGCCUGCUCAGGUACUCAGACCCACAUGAAGCCACAGAUGGUGAGUGUUGGUCAGCAGACAGAUGGGACAGUGAGAAACAGCCCCUCCAGAACCCUGAGCUCCUCCCUGGUCGCAGCCCGCUCUCAACACAUCUCCACCUCACUAGAUGGAAUUGCAAGUCGAGUGGAGAGGUCCAGAGCAUCCACCUCCUCCCCUAAACUGUACCGCAGACAUUCUUCUCUCUCCUCGUCCCCCAGUUUGAGCUCCUCCUCCUCUUCUACAUCCACCUCCAGAGAUCGAGCGCUGUGGAACACAACACCCCAAAGUUACUCUGGUCUCACUUGGACUCGGCAGAAAAGUCCCAGAUCAGGUGCAGGACACAACCACAGCCCCACUAGUAGCUCCACCAAACUGUCAGGGAAAUCUCCCACCACCAACCGUUGCGGCUUGGUGACAGAGUUUCUGCGCAGGGUGAGCGGCCGGGCAGACAAAGCAGCACCAGGGUCAGCCCAGAAGACGAAGAGCAGCCUGAAGAACCUGGAACGUGUUCCAGUGAGGCCUCAAGCCGUUCCACUGCAGAGGAAUGACAGCGUGACCAGGAUCGUCAACCAGAGGUUCAUGAAGCAGAGAGAAGAGGUCAGUCGAGGCCACAGAGAGGAGAAGGGGAGCAGCCUGAACCAGAGAGUCCGACACAGCCAUAGCACCGCCACAACAGAGGAUGGAAACUACGACUGCAGCUCCAGCAGCACCUUGACCUUCUGCUUCGCCCGUCCGUCUCGCUCCAACCAGAGACAAACGUCAAUCCCCGGAAAACUCCACCGACACAGAUACUCGCCUCCGGUGAGCGCAGCCGCAGGCUCCAGCAGUGGCUGAAAGGGAGGGAAACCAGCAGCUUUUACACUUUUACUAAUGUCAGAAUUAAAAGCAAACAGACAAAAAAUUAGUUUAUUUGUUGUACAGAUUUCGUUAAAUGACUCAACUUUACAGUGAUUUCUUUAAAACAAUC